CCUGAACAGACGUUGCGGAGUGUGGAUGCCAAGCUUGGGCGGCACGCUUACGAAGUGUCACGUGACAGGGCAGGAUUGUUUGAAUGCUGGCGUGAAACUUGGGGCGUGUUUGUUAUGUUCUGUUGUGUAUGAUUGAUACGUUGCACGAUGGCGAAAAUUUUUCAGUGCUGUGCGCUUCUUGUGCUGCUAGGAUUACUUGUGGAGCCCAGCACUGGCAUUAAAUGUUGGGAAUGUCGUUCUGAUACUGAUCCAAAAUGUGCAGAUCCUUUUGAUAAUAGCACUGUUCCCAUAACAGACUGCAAGCAAGAACCAGAUCUUCCACAUUUAAAGGGUAUUAGGCCAAAAAUGUGCAGGAAGAUAAGGCAGAAAGUUAAUGGGGAAUGGAGAUACUUUCGUAGUUGUGCUUAUGUAGGAGAAGUUGGAAUUGCUGGAGAUGAGCGCUUCUGUCUGAUGCGUACUGGGACAUACAAUAUUUUCAUGGAAUAUUGUACAUGUGAUAGCAAAGAUGGUUGCAAUUCAGCAACUUCUUAUCAACCACACCAUAUGCUGCUUUGCUUUGGUAUUUGUAUUAGUGUAGUACAGCAUCUUGUGUGUUUCUUUAAGGCAUUCCGAUAAAGUACUUACUACAGCUGUAAGCACACUAGAGUCUCAGGUUUGUACAAUUUAGGUGAAUCUCAUUUGCUAGGUGAAGAUAAUAUAUUUAUCUCUCAAAGAAAGAUAGAGCCAACUAGAACUCGUUGCACCACGCGCAAAAGUUGUGGUUGUGAAGAACCUUAAUUUUACUAGUAUUUUCUGACUAUAUUUCCAGAGAAUUUUAUUAUGCUUAAUAAAGCAUUAACAGUUACAUGAAGUGAUAAACCGAUCCGUCCUAUUAAAAGAGAAAUGAGAAGACUGCCUCAUUUUCUUUUUUUAUUUUAUUGGGUGAUAUUUCUUUUUCUUUUGUGUUCAUUAUAGUAUUACAAAGCAAGAGGAAUCUCAUUAAGGUGAACUAUGAGAAACCGUCAGUGCCUGAAGUUUUGACAUAUUGCUUGUAAGAUUAUUGUAUUGCAAUAUUAUUCUUAGUUUUAGAACUUGUUUUACCAUUGUUACACUCUCAGUGAUGGGCUUUAGUACUCAUGUGAAAGACUGUAAAUGGUAUUCAUUCGUUAACAUUUGAGUAUGUUGUUACAUAGAACACCUUAGCUAAAUUUGUAAAAUGGUUUAAAUUAUUUGAAUAUUCUCUUUAAUAAUAGAAUUGUCAAUGUUGAUGGCCAGAGACCUUUUACAUUGUCUUAAAUAAGAUUGCAGUUGAACAAAGAUAUGUGGGCUUGGUAAUAAGAUGAUUAUGGAUGAUACAACUUCCGGAUUGUCCAUUAAUGUAGAAAAAUAUUUAAUAAUAUACCUCUGUAGCAGAGUACUGAGGAAACAAUAUAAUUGUCACUAUUGUGGCACUGAGGCAGUGAAGUUCAUUGUGUACACAUUUCCAGCUCAUUCUCUUUAAAUCUAAAGAAAUUGUAAGAAUUCAAGGUAGUGCCAUUGAAUAUUGAAAUUUUGUUCUGAGGUUUAAUUUUUUGUGCUAUAGUUGAUACUGACAGCUGCAGCAGGCUGGGCACAGCAGCUUUGCGAGCCUAGCUCAACCAAUAAUGUAACAUGAUUUUGUAUACGUAUCCAUGGCAACGUCUCAGUACUGUCACAGCUCUUAGUCAGCUACUGUUUUCGCCUGCAGCCAUUUGUGUGUCGCAGUUGAAUGCUGAUAACAGUGGAACCACCUGUCGGGGAUUUUCUUACAUUAACUCUGCUAUAGAAUGAGUGAUGGGGAGUGUCUUUCAUUUUGUUGAUAUUAUAUGACUCAUUUGGAAAGAGCUGAAGUAUCUGUGCUACAUUCCACUGACAAAGCAGAUUAUAGUUCUCCCUCCUGCACCCACGCACCUCCGUCUAAAAUAGAUCAAGAAAAGAGUGUGUAUCAUUUGAUAUAGAGAUAGGGCAAAGUAUGAGACAGUGAAGAUAUGCAAAUUUAUUCAUAGUUGAAAGAAAACUUGAAAAUAAGAACAGAUAAAUAGUGGGAGGAAAAUGUUUGAGUGGUUUUUGUUCCCAGUCCAUUUGUAGGUGAUGACAUGUUUAGUGAUCAUUGCCAUGCUACUGUUUAAAAAUAUUUUCCCAUGUGAGAGCUGGUCCUUAGUGUUUCCCAAAUUUAUUAAGAGUCACCAGUGGUUGUAAGUGAAAUGCAGAUUCAUAUAUAAAAGAGAAAUGAAUGAUGUAUAUGUUAUUUAUCUUUUCUAUCCCCAUUCUGGUUUCCUCAAGAAACCCCUUUGAGCUUUUGACAGAAUCUGUAGGAUUGAUGAGCAGCAGCAUAGUCUAUUACCAGCAGCAUAGCCUGUUAGGGAAUACAGAAGUGUCAGAUUCCACCUAUCUGCUUUGACCCAUGACAUCAUCAACAUGGCGGAAAUGUCUAUUCUAAGCAUCUGCAAUAUGGCGCAUAUGAUAUCACUACAUACACACGGCAACAAACACAAAAAUAUGUAUAAAUAAGACAAUAACAUCUCCCUCCAAAAAUACAAUCAAACUAACGGGACAACUGCAGGAAAUUGCGGGUUUUUGGGAGGGGAAAAGCUAAAUAUAACAGUAAAAAAGGGGGGGUGGGGGUCCCAAAACAAACAAGAUGACGAACAAAAGAAAUAAUUACAAAAAUCCACAGGAAAUAGGACACCUCCCUUGACCUAUAUAGGUCAACCGCAGCUGACGAUACCAAAACACCAACGCCUACAGCAAAAACUAUGGAAAUUGGAAUCAGAUAUUUCCCUUUGCCACAGCUGACAGUACAAAACACGUAUACUUGCGUAUAAAAAUACGAAAAUUGGAAUCGGUCAUUUCCCUUGAUCUAUAUAGUUCAACUAUAACUACUUAUACUAAAAAAAAACCAAUCCCUACAGCUACGUAAAACAAAACGAAAACCACAACACCUCAAAAUCAAAAACUCAAACACCCCUACAUAAAUUAAAACACGUUCAAUACACAAAACAUUACAACUUGAGAAAAAUAGGCCCAAAAAACAAUUACUUACCACCAACAAAUUUUGGCCCGCCAUCACACACACACACACACAAGACGACAUCUACAAACACAAACAACUAAAACUCCGCGCCGUAAUGACGUCGCACACCACAACACCCUUAUGUCAUGGGUCAAAGCAGACGGGUGGAAUUGAACGCUUCCGUUGACCCGCCUGUUAUGCCCGUGGAAGUGGAAAGGUUUGAAAGUUUCUACAGGUGAAAAGGUAGGAAAUAAUCAAAAGCUGUAACUUCUCAAAAAAGUCCUGGAGAUGAUGAAAAAAAUUAGCUGCUGGUUAGGAAGUUCAUCUUUGUAACUGCAGUCUGUUAUAUUCAGUUUGCAUUAUCAACAGCAUUGCUCUGUAUUAUAGCAGAUAAGCCACAGUUUCACAUACAUUGUAUGGUAUUUCUUGUAUUUAAUUCUUACUUUUGCUGUGCGUGUGUGUGUUUUUUAUAAAGAUUUUAUGGAGAUUUUAGAAAGUAAAUAUUGUCACCCCAAUGUAAUCAAGAAUUAACUCAACAAAUAGUUUAAAAUAUUUAAUAGAUUAUGCUACUGUCAGAAAGAGUGUAAUAUUAACUGUAACGGCCCAUGUUGAGAUAAUUUGUUUUAUUGCUUUGAAGGAGUUAUAUUUCAAUGCACUGGUUUAGAAGGUAGGUUCAAACAUUUAUUCAGUUGUGAAAUUGAUGGUGGAAAUACUAUACUAUGUUAAGUGCAUCUACUUACAUCAGUACAAAAUGUAUUUAGUGGAUAUAAUGUUUAAUGGUUGACAUUAUCCUGAUGAUAUGUGACAUCAGUGGCUCCUUUACAGCAAAUAUUUCAAUCAAGCUGGUAUGCUGUGUGUAAUUGUGACUGGAAACAAUGCUGUGAUUGCAUGGUAACAAACAGUUGUUAAGCAUACCAUUAAUGUUGUAAUGCAGUAUUGUGCUGUAAAUUAUACAUAGUGGAUUAUUAUUCCUGCACAUGAUAUUCCUGCAUUUGCUCACUUGCAGAUCAGCAAGAACUUUUUUUAAACCAAGUACUGUAAAUGGAAAAGAUUUACACAUUUCAGUGCUUCAGGAUUGUUGAGAAUGUCUCAAAAGGAAAUAUUUUGGAAAGAUCUCUUUAGAGGCUCAUUUAAUGAUGUGUUAGAUUUUCUUAAAAUGUUGGGGCUCUGGAUACUGAAUGCUCUAUAAUUCAUCCUCUAUAUUACAGCACAAGUGCACAAGAUUUAUUUUUAUAAAGACUUAUUUGUUGAAUAUUGUAAUAUCAUAUACAGUGAUAUUUUUAGUUAAAAUUUUUGUAUAAAGUACAUGUUUUGAG